AUGAAAAGUAAAACAUGGAGAUGGGUUUUAGGGUUGAUAUACAUUCUUGCUGUUGCAACCAUUUGGAUAGCUGCUAGUUUUGUAGUUCAAUCAGUUGUUGAUGGUGGUGUAUCUCCAUUUUUUGUCACAUACAUAUGCAAUUCACUGUUUGUAAUAUACAUCCCAUUAGUAGAAAUCGGGCGUUAUUUGGAAGAUAAGUAUACAAAUGCAAAUUUCCUUUUCUGGAGAAGUAAAGAUGAUAAUAACAAUAAUAAUAAUAAUAACACCUCACAAGGAAUAAAAGAAUCAGAAGCCAUCAACCUUCUUGUAGAAAAAGAUGUUACAGGGGAAGCUCUUAAUGAUGAUAAUGAUGAUGAUGUCAGCAUGGAAACUAAUGUUGUGUUUCCAAUCGGAGAAGAAUUAUUGGACUCAAAAGGGCGAUGGACUCGAAUAAGAAUUGCAAAAGUCAGCCUUUUAAUUUGCCCUUUUUGGUUUCUUGCACAGCUUUCGUUUAAUCUAUCUUUGAAGUAUACAACUGUCACUUCGAAUACAAUCUUAAGCAGUGCAUCGAGUCUCUUCACCUUUUUGGUUUCUCUUGUAUUCUUGGGAGAAAAGUUCACAUGGAUAAAACUUUUGAGUGUUCUUCUUUGUAUGGGAGGGACUAUAAUUAUGAUGAUGCAAAAACUGGGAGUGGGAAAGUCAGCAUGGGCACAAUUUCUAGGGUUUUUAGGGCUGUUUAAUCUCUUGAUCUUUUCCCCUGUUGCCCUUAUACUUCAUUUGGCUAGUCUUGAGCCUUUUGAUACAAUUAGCUCCAAGCAAUUUGGUCUAAUUGUUGGAAAAGGUUUAUUGGACAAUGUGUUGAGUGAUUAUUUAUGGGCAAAAGCUGUUUUACUGACUACAACAACAGUAGCAACAGCAGGGUUGACUAUUCAAGUGCCAUUAGCAGCUAUUGUGGAUACUGUGAUAGGAAAUGCACCCGGUUUCAUGGAUUAUAUUGGGGCUGCUGCUGUCAUGUUAGGGUUUGCAGGUAUUAAUAUACCUUCGGACACGUGUACAGCUGUAAAAGAAUCCACUGUUGAACUUGAAGAAAAUCAUAUAACUACAAUUGAUCAUCAAUGAUACAUGUUAUUAGUGUUUGCCAUAUGAUAUAUAUACGGAUUUUUUUUGUGAUGUUUUAUGAUAUAUUUUUAAUCGAUAGUGUAUAUGAGUGUAUUUAGAAUAUUUAGAAUAUGUUGGAUUUCCCACGUUAUAUACGAUAACUUCAA